CUCUCCCAUAAAAAGGCGCCAUUUCGUGACUCAUUUUCAAAAACUUUUCAUUUCCAAAUUCCAAUCACACCCUGACCCAACAUUCAAAACCCCUCCAUUUCUCAAAACCCUAAAAUUCAGACACAGUUCAUCACCACCACCACCACCACCACCAUGCUCCCUCACUCAUACACCUUGGAUUCCGCCACCAAAUCGACGGAGCUGCUAACAUCCAUCCAAUCAGCCACCACACCCUCCCAAAUCACCACCGUCUGCGCCUCCAUCGAAUCCUUCCUCCACUCCCACUCACCCGAUCAAUCCCGCCACUUCUUCUCCCUCGCUUUCCCAACCCUAAUCUGCAAACUCUUCGGUUUCCACCUCGACGCCGCCCCCAACCACCCUCAAUCCUCCCCCACCAGCUGGAUCGAAACCGCCGAGCUUUCCAAAACCCUAUUCUCUCUCCUCUCCCCCGCCGGCACCCUCGCCGCCGCUAUCUCCGCCGUCGACCGCCUCUCCCUCGUCAAAUACCUCUUCCCCGCUGAACGCCUCCCUCACUGGGCCCGCUCCCUCCUCCUCUCCGAUUCCAAAGCCCUCUCCGAUCUCUCGCCGUCUCUCUUCUCCGCUCCUUCCUCCUCCCCUUACCAUAUCCAGCUCAAUGUCUUCCAGUACUUCUUCUUCUGGUUCGCAUACUACCCCGUCUGCAAGGGCAAUUCGGAGAAUUCCAACCACGCUUCCUCCGCCAAGAAAGCCACAACCCUUGUCAGGUUAGAAAACUGGGCUUCUUCCAUUCCCGGUUUCUCCGCCUCCAAGCGCGGCAACGCCGUCGACCCCAAAGCGAAUUGCAGCUUGUACAUUCGCCUUCUAUACGCCUACCUCCGCGCCUAUGUCCCCACCUCUGACCUCACCUCGCACCAGCCUUACCGCAGCUCGAUACUGCACUACGGUUCAGGUCAUGAUGCUGCGGCUGUUUCGCGCGCGGAGUUUGUUGUCAACGCGCUGAUUCACUUUUGGCUUGUUGACAAUGAUUUCUCGCCGUUUCCGGUGAAGGUUUGCAGUUUGCAUGGGGUUAAGUUUCAGUUUCCGACCGGGGAGACGCCUCCGACGCCUGGGUUGGGGGAGGUGGUGAAGUUGUUUGUGAGGUAUCUGAGCUUGAGCACGGUUAGUGGGGUUCGUGAGAGCGGUGAGGGUGGUGGUAAUGGGAGUGGGAGUCCAAUGUGGAGAGGUGGGGAGGUUGUGAAGAGCAAGGAUUUAGGUUAUGUUUGUUGGAACCCCUGUUUGCAGAGGCCUCUGUAUCGGUUUUUGUUGAGGACCUUCUUGUUUUGCCCUGUGGCGGCUUCGCUCAAGAAUGUGUCUCAGGUGUUCUCUGUUUGGGUUAGUUAUCUGGAGCCUUGGACUAUUAAGGGGGAUGAGUUUUCGGAGCUGGAUGCGAUGAAUGAUGAAAAGAGUGAAAAUUCUGUGUUGGCAACUGCAAAUGCAGGUGGUGGUGGGUAUACACCACGUUGGCAGGAUUAUGUUCUCUCCAAUUAUCUGUACUACACAUCCUUGGUCAUGCAUUUUAUUGGGUUUGCUCACAGGUUUCUUCAUAAUGAUGUUGAAGCUGUAGUCCAGAUGGUGCUCAAGGUUUUAGACACCUUGACAUCAUCCAAAGAGCUCAUUGACCUUUUAAAAAAUGUGGAUGCUCUUUUUCAUUCCAAACAGGCUGGAUCUGGCAAAUCAAUGUUGAAUAACUUGUACAGAUAUGUUCCUAUUAUCCGUGAACAAUUGCAGGACUGGGAGGAUGGUUUAUGUGAGACUGAUGCUGAUGGCUCAUUCCUGCAUGAAAAUUGGAACAAAGAUUUGCGACUUUUUGGUGAUGGGGAGGAUGGCGGUCAACAGCUCCUUCAGUUGUUUAUAUUGCGUGCAGAAGCCGAAUUGCAUGCUAUAUCUGGGGAUAACCUUACACCCGGCCUUCAAUGCAUAGAUUCAUUGAAGGCACGGUUGGGGAGCUUAUUUGAUGGACAAACUAUUAAACCAUCUUCGACCUGUCAAGAACCAAUCCAGCAUCCACAAUCCCGCGAUGAUAUAUUCAAGCCUAGAAGAUUUGGCAACCAUGCAUUUGCAGAUGUCAAAUACAAAGGCGACUGGAUGAGACGACCCAUAUCCAGUGAUGAGAUAGCAUGGCUUGCAAAAGUGCUCGUUAGGUUGUCUGAUUGGUUGAAUGAGACUCUUGGAUUGAAUCAAGCAGAGAACAGCAACAGCCAGGUAGGCUCAGCAUCAUUUGUUGAGGUGUCGACUGAUGUGGCCCAUGUAUGUGGUCCUUCUGAGGCACUGAAGGUUUUCCUCUGCACCAUUGGUUCUUGGUUUCUCUUUCUGGGUGCUGCUUCUAUGGGCUUUAUGCGACAAUACGGUCUGAGGGUGAACCUAAGGAUACUAGCCUCCAAGAAGGUCGUAAUGGUUUUUGUUUUAUAUGCUAUUUUUAGCAUACUGAAGAGAUCAAUUCGAGCACUCCUUAGCAUGUAAAUUGAAUAUACAAGGUAUAGAGAAAAAUGUGAAAGGUACGGGAGGAAUUUUGUUACUUCAAAGUUACUGUGCAUAAGGUGGUAUGUCCUCUGUAAUUACAAGUGGUUUUUGUAUCACAAUUCACAAAUACAGUGCGGCA